ACCACCGUUACACCACGACCGCGCGCGUUAGUAACGUUUCGGUAUCGCUACCGCGCGCAACCCGACGCCGCCGCCGCCAACGACGACGACGACAAUUAUUACGACGUCGUCAUUGUACCUAAGACGACAUACCCUCGCGGAGUUCGACAUUCGCGUAUUGUCGAUAUUUACGUCUGAAAACGCCAUACAUAAUAAUAAUACAUCUCUGCCAUUAUCGCCUGUAAUUCCAUAUUUUCGUAUCGGUUUGUUCGUUUCAACGUUCGCAUUCCCGCGGUGUUCCCUGUCAGGGGCUGCGUUUCGAGUCCCGCGCACGACUUCGUUAUCCUGUCCAACGACUACUCUUGUGCAUUAUAUAUAACUUCACUCGUUUAGAAUAAAUACGUUUCUGUGUGCGUCUGUUUAAGAUUUUGCUAUGGAUUUAAGUAGACCGCCGAACCGGUAACACGUUGUUUACCGGAAAUCUGCGUUUUCCGUGUCAUUAUCUGUAAAUUUUUCAACAAGAUCUAGCCAUGGAAGCCGGUAGUUCGGCUUGCGUGGCUUUGGCAUUUUUGGUCAACUACAAUACGCUGAAAGCUGGUUUCGUGUAUGAUGACAGCCGGGCGAUCGUCAACAACCCGGACGUGACGCGAGCCGCACCGCUGACCGACAUCUGGACCAACGAUUUCUGGGGCACGCCGAUCGGGUCGAGCAGCUCGCACGGCUCUUACCGGCCGCUGUGCGUGGCCUCGUUCCGGCUGAACCACUGGACGGGCGGCCUGGACCCGAAGGGCUAUCACGUGGCCAACGUUCUGCUGCACUGCGCCGUCACGUAUCUGGUGUACGCCGUGUACCGGACGCUGAUGCCCGGCCGCCGGCCCGCGGCCGCCGCGGCCGUGUUCGCCGUCCACCCGGUGCACGCGGAGGCCGUGGCCGGCGUGGUGGGCCGCGCCGACCUGCUCGCCUGUCUGUUCUACCUGGCCGCGUUCCUGUGCUACGCGGCGCACGUCCGGCACCGGGACAGGACGCCGGACCCGCGCCGGCGCGUGGUGUGCUGUGACGCCGGCUGCCACCGCCGGACGUACCGGUUGGGCUCGGCGGUGCGCACCGUUUUCGCCGCCCUGGGCCUGGGCACGUGCUCCAGCGACCUGGACGGGCUGCCGGGCGGCGUGACCGAGUGUUGCGCGGUCCGCGAGUGGGCCUGCCUGGCGGCCACCGUGCUCAUGGCGGCCGCGUCGAUGUUGGCCAAGGAGACCGGUCUCACCGUGUUGGCCGUGUGCGCCGUGUACGACGUGCUGUUCGCCAGCAAGCAGUCGCCGAACAAGAAUUCCGGAGGAAUGUACAGGACACUGGCGAUUCUGUCGGGCACGGCGGCUGGUCUGCUUUUUGCUCGGAUUUCAUUGAUGGGCGAUGGCGGACCACCUGUAUUUGCAGCUGCAGACAACCCGACCGCCAAGUCACCAAGUUUGGUAACGCGGACACUGACUUUUCUCUACCUGCCCGUCGAGAAUUUUCGGUUACUUGUCUACCCUCGGAGGCUGAGCUUUGACUGGUCUAUGGACUCCAUUACACCCAUCACUUCCGUCUACGAUCCUAGAAACGCGCUGUCCAUCGCCCUGUACGUGGUCCUGUUCGCUGCGGCCAAGCGGUCCGCCGUAGCUGCGUCCAAGGCCAGACAACACCACCACCACCGGUCUCACAGGUGUUGUUCAAAGACCAAGUAUGGUCGACCGGUCGACCUACCCGAUGACCCGGCAAGGGCCAUGGGACUUGCUGUCGCCAUGACCGCCAUACCGUUCGUGCCGGUGUCUAACUUGUUUUUCUAUGUGGGAUUUGUGCUGGCCGAACGAGUGCUGUAUAUGCCCAGUGUGGGCUACUGCUUCUUGUUCGGCUACGGUUACUCAGCACUGGAACGCCGGUUGGGGUCCAAGUGGCCAAGGAUGGGACUCAUAGUGGUGCUCACCGUAUACGGUGCCCGGACGGUCAUCAGGAACAACGACUGGCAAGACGACGAGUCGCUGUACCGAUCGGGAUUGCACAUCAACCCGCCGAAAGCCUACGGAAAUUUGGGCUCUAUUCUGAGUAGCCAGGGUCGAUUGGACGAGGCAGAAACGGCGCUGAGGACGGCAUUACGAUAUCGACCGAACAUGGCGGACGUGCAUUACAAUUUAGGGAAUUUGCUGCGUGAAAAAGGUGACGCUGAAGCAGCUGUGUCAAGUUACAAAAAUGCAAUAAUGUACCGACCCUCGCUAGCAGUGGCUUACCUGAACAUGGGACAGCUAUUGGCUACGAUGGGUCGAUGUGAGGAAGCGGAAUCCGUGCUGAAGCUGUGCGUUUCACUGGACGGUUCUUAUUCUAAGGAUCCGAUGAACCACGUGACCAGUAGGGUGUCGGCAUUGGUCACGUUGGGAAAACUGCAUGCCGACCGGGGCAGGCACUCGGACGCGGUUCAGGCCUACAAGCACGCAGUAUCCAUUUUACCACCGUACUACAAUUCUCGGGUAUUGUUCAGUUUAUACGGUGAUGCGUUGGCGCAACUCAACAGACACAGAGAAGCCGAAAUGUGGCACAAAGCGGCACUAGAAGUCGGGCCUGAUCAUGUUCCAGCACACUUGAGUUAUGGGAAAUGGCUCGCAAAAAAUAGAACGCGUAUUCACGAAGCAGAAAAUUGGUUUCUACGGGCGAAAAAAUUGGCUCCCAGUGACGCGUCCGUGUACAAACAUUUCGGAGUUUUCCUACUAGAACAAGAAAGGUUCUCUGAAGCCGCAUCACAGCUGGUAGAAGCCGUCGCGCUUGAACCCGAUGACUACGACCUGACAGUUACAGCAGCCACCGCGCUCAGGCAGGCGGGCGUGUCGCUUAGAGCUGAAGAAAUGUACAGAAAAGCAGCCUUACUCAGGCCACAGGACGCUAGCAGUCACAGCAAUCUGGGAGCCAUGCUGCACCUGAACGGCAAACAUCGAGAGGCGUUAUCCAGCUACCAAAACGCGCUGAGGAUAUCGCCGGACGACCAGACCACUCUGGACAAUCUCAACAAGCUGAGAAAUGUGUUGCGUCGCCGGUCCAGAGCUGCGUGAUGACAGUCAUAACAUCGGCAGCCGUGAUAAUUUUACUUUAAUAAUAAUUAUAAUACUAUGUAAUAUGAUGAUAAUGUUGACGAAGACGAUGAUGAGUGUGUAGUUUUGUAUUAAGACGUAAUUUUCUAUAUUUUUUUUCGUAUAUAAAUAUAUAUUUUAAAAAUGUCUAAACCUGUACAUAAUAUAUUGUAUACACUAUAUAUAUAUGAUAUAGUACCUACAAUAUAUAACUAUAUUAUAUAUAUAUAUUAUGAUUAAUGUCUACUAUGUAUUAAAUUUAUUAUAUUAUAUUAUUAUAACAAUUUUUACAUAAUAUUACAUAAUAUUAUUCUAUAAUAUUGUGAAGUGUAUAUAAUAUUACUAUUAUGUUAAAUUGUACUUUAUUUGUAUUGUGUCUGCAUAAUAAUAUAUAUUUCUGUAUAAGCAUAUUAUGUAAUACUUAUGUACAAAGUGGCAAAAACGUAUAUGGUCUUCUUCAAUAUGACAUUCAAAUUUAGCGGAUCACUCACGAUAUGACGUAUACUUGAAACUGUCGAUUUUCUAGGUCGACUAAACUGUGAGUUAAAAAUAUAGAUUUAUAAUAGAUAUAAAAUGCAUUCGUUACCAAUUUUUAAUAGCUAAUGGUCAUAAAAAAAAUCAUGUACAACACUAUUUUAGCAUUUUUUAGCAGUGUUAGGUGAAGCUAAAAUGAAAAUAAAUCAUAAAACCCGACAUUCGAGGUGAUCGAGCUCAAUAAUCCUCGUACAAAUUCAAAUUAGAAUUUAUUAACACUAAUACGAGUCAUAUUUAUCGGGUACUACUACGAUAUAAUUUAAUAUUAUCUUACUAACGAUUUAAUUUAUCCUCAUCCAAUAUAGCUUCUAAAAAACGCUCCUAGAAAAAUCGGCAGUUUUCAAUAAAAGAAAAACGCUCCAUCAAAUACGAAUACUAUACCUGCACUUGCAGCACUUGCAGGAGACCGUGUCUUUUUUCAACUUUGUAAGUAAGUAUAACAUUAACAUAUUGUACAAAAUCGAUAGAAAUAAUAUAUAAUAUUUAUUUUUGUUUCUAUAACUAUAACAAUAUUAUAAUAUUCUAUAGUCGGGAGUGACGAACUAAACGUGUCGAACGACGUAGGCUUAUGGUAAUUUUUUCUGAGGAUCAUCCACCGGAAAAUCGAAGGGAAACGUAAAGAGUGUAGGGGAUCUGAUAUUGUUUAAACGCUACCGUGGUUUUUCCAAGUAUACCGUCAUCACAGUACACGACGUUUUUUUCUAAUAUUUUAAGACAUUCUUCCUGUUUCGUCUCGAACAGUGUAAACACUGUUGUCUUUGUUUUUUUUUUAUAUAUAUAUAAAAGUACCGCGUUCCGGAAACAAUGGUUGCCUAACUACUACAAAUAUAUCCAAAAUAUUUAUUUACGUCUCUUCUUAGCCUAUUAUUUAAAAGAAAAAAAAAUGAAAUAAAAACGCGUAUUUUUGACGUUGUCACCCAGUCAUUCGAACUCGACUUGAUAUUUUUCUAAUGAGUAUUUUUGUUUCGUACGCGCACGCAAGUGUCAUGCUUGAAUUUUUUUUUUUAUCAUUACCAUUGCUAUUAUUUUUUUUCAUUUCAUGGCUUUAUCAUAACUGUCGUGCUAAGAGGGGAUAUUCAUGAUAUUUUUAUCAUUAUUUUUGGUCCAGUAUGAGAUGGGGAAUGUACCUAUUUCUUGACAUUACGUUUCGUUUUGUUUUUAAAUGUGUACAUAAUAUAUUAUUAUGAACGUAAUAUAAAUUACUAUAGUAUUGUAUUUGUAUGUGCACUAUGUCAAAUGAUUAAUGUUUUUAAGAUAGACCUUAACCGACCGACCGACCUACCGUUUUUUUUUCCACGGCCGUCUCGAUUUAUUUUUUUAAUCCAUUUUUCGUAACAAAAAUGAUUUAUAGUGUGUAUUAAUAACAAAAUUUAUUUACUACGACCGUUGUGGUGAUAUCGUCGCUUGACCGUCUGCCGGAAAACACGUUUUUCGCGAUUUUCGAAAUACAAAAAAAAAAAAAGUCACCGUCUUUGCUUUCUAGCCAAGAAUAUUCGCGAUAAUCGAUACGAAGCCGCCUCGUUGUCCGCAAAUCGCAACAUCGAUAAUGCAGCGAUGUAACCUACCUACGCCUAAAUGUAAUACAUUUCGAUAUCGCGAUGUCGAUUAAUUAAAUUUUAGAUUAUAAUAUUAUUAUGGAGCUUCAUAAACAUCUAAACUCAAAUUAAAAUUACGUAUUAUAGUCAUACGUAGGUGCGUAUUGUAAUAUAUGUAACGCGAUUCGUUAAAUACGUGAUUUAUAGGUAGAGUCGCACGAUAACACAAACCUACAAAUACUAUAUAUAUAUACAUGUAUUUAUGUUAUUUAUAUAAUAUUUAAAAACAAAUAUUUGAUAUUUUGUACAUUUCGUGUAAAGACAAUAAAAUUAAGACGUCUUAUGA